GGGUUAUAUUUUUUAUAUAGUGAGCAUGAAUGACCGUAGUUAAACCUGUAUUGAUAAAUAACAACUCCUUUUCAUAUCAGUUAUGGCAUACGAAAGAGAGAGUCUGUUUUAGGAUAUUACAGCCUUUAGAUUACACGUGAUAGUUCACCGUCUCGGUUAUUAGCACGUUAGAGUGAAAUUAAGUGCUAGAUGGGUAGAAAGUUUUACAUUAGAACGAUAUAUUAUGUGCACUUUACGUAAUAUGUGUAUUAUAAUUUAUGUUUUAGAUGAAGGUAUGUUCUGUAUUAUAAAACAAUGUGAUCCUGCUCAAGAUAAUUUGUUUUUUUUCCCCACAGAAUUACACCAAAAUGAACGUACGCAGGAUAUGUGUCUUAAGAUGUAAAUCGCUGUUAAAUAGCAAGUAUCUUAGGAGUAGUCAGAUCGUUGGUGUUCGUAAGCUAACCUCUCCAUCUGGAUCCAGCCCCAAGGUAUGCAUUGUUGGUGGAGGCCCAGCAGGCUUCUAUACUGCUCAGCAUCUACUGAAGAGCCACCUGGAUAUACGGGUGGAUUUAUUCGAGCGCCUCCCUGUCCCCUUCGGCCUGAAUGUCAUCAACACCUUCACCCAGACUGCCCUGCAUGAGCGCUGCAACUUCUUUGGUAACGUCAGCGUAGGGAAAGAUGUGAGCGUGGCGGAGCUGCGGCAGGCAUAUCAUGCUGUGGUCCUGAGCUAUGGCGCGGAGGGGAAUCGACAUCUCGGCAUUCCGGGUGAAGAUCUACGAGGAGUUUAUUCUGCCAAAGACUUUGUUGGCUGGUAUAAUGGUCUCCCUGGCAACAAAGAAUUAAGACCAGACCUGAGCAGUGAGACUGCAGUGGUUCUGGGCCAAGGGAAUGUGGCACUGGAUGUUGCCAGGAUACUGCUUUCACCUCUGGACAUUCUGAAGAAGACAGAUAUCACACAGCCCUCCCUCGAGGCCCUUGCAGGAAGUCGAGUGCAAAGAGUCCUCAUUGUGGGCCGGCGAGGACCCCUCCAAGUGGCCUGUACCAUAAAGGAACUCAGGGAGAUGGUCAACCUUCCAGGUACCAUGGCAGAUAUGGUGACUGCUGACUUUGAGGGAGUUGCUAGUGUGCUAAAAGACCUGUCCAGGCCAAGAAAGCGGCUGACGGAGCUCCUGCUUAAGGCGGCACAGGGGGGUACAUCCGGGCAGGUGGGAGCUCCCCGUCAGUGGGGCUUCCGCUUCCUGCGUAGCCCCCUAGAGAUUCUGCCCGCUGAUGACUUGACGAGCGCCGCUGGGAUUCGACUGGCCGUGAACGUGCUGGAGGGCUCACACGAAGGGGCACGGGCAGUGCCGACAGGGGAGGUGGAGGAGCUGAAGUGCGGAAUGGUCAUCAGCAGCAUUGGCUACCGGAGCCUGUGCAUCGACCCCGUUGUGCCUUUUGACCAGCAUAAAGCCGUAAUUCCCAACACGGUGGGAAGAGUGCGGCCUGGAGCUGGUUUGUACUGCAGUGGGUGGGUGAAGCGUGGACCUACCGGCGUGAUCGCCACGACGAUGAAUGACAGCUUCGACACCGCCCGGUCACUACUACAGGACUUAGAGGCUGGAGUGAUUGACGCGUCUUCCGUGAAGCCGGGGUCAAGGGCUGUCCUCUCCUCGCUGGAGAGCCGAGGUGUGAAGUGGGUGUCCUUCUCAGACUGGGAGAAGAUUGACAAAGAGGAGGUCAGAAGAGGCCAGAGAAUAGGAAAGCCCAGGGAGAAGAUCUUGGAUGUAGCGGAGAUGCUAAGGGUGGCCCACUCCUGAGGACUCCACUCAGCUUACACAUAGCUACAUGUCCAGUGCAUCAUUCCAAGUGAAGUAAUUAUAGAAUAUUCAGUUAGGAGUACCAGUGUUAUGUGCAGUAUUAUUGAGAAACUGAUUAAUAGUUUGCCAGUUUUGCCUAUUUUAGUUGAUUUCAUACUCUAUUUUAGAGUAUGAUUCUUUUGUAUUUAUAAAAAGCACUUGAAGUGCCGUUAAUCAUUCAGUUCAUCAAAAUGAACUGUUUGACAUGAAUUUUCCCCUUUCACACAAUUACCAAGUUAUGCAAAGUGAUAUUUUACUGAAAGUGUUAAUUAUAUUACACAACAUCUUC